UUUCAAGAUUUCAGAAUCCUGCUGAAGCUAUCAGUACUAUCUAUAAUUUCUUGCAAAUAUGGCUGGUCUUCCGCAGCUCGCUCUAGAGACACCAAGAUUACAAGGAAAGGUGGCAUUGAUCACAGGCGGGGCCAGGGGAAUAGGAGCAUGCAUGGCAAAGCUCUUCACUAAGCAUGGGGCAAAGGUGGUGAUAGCAGACAUUAGAGAUGAACAAGGCAGAGCAGUAUGCAAUGAUAUCGGAUUGGAAUAUGCUUCAUAUGUGCAGUGCAAUGUUACAAAAGAACUCGACGUUCAAAAUGCUGUGAAAGCUACUAUUUCUAAGCAUCAAAAGCUUGACAUAAUGGUAAACAAUGCUGCCAUAAUAGAUGAAGCUAAAUCAAGCAUUGUUGACAAUGAAACCAGCGAAUUCGAACAGGUUCUUAGUGUGAACCUGACAGGUCCUUUUUUGGGCACCAAGCACGCUGCUAAAGUUAUGAUUCGCGAAAGAAAGGGAAGCAUAAUUAAUGUGGGUAGUGUUUCUUCAAGUGUGGGAGGGGUUGCAACACAUGCUUACACAAGUUCUAAGCAUGGCUUGGUGGGCCUCACCAAGAAUGUGGCUGCUGAACUUGGAAAAUUUGGGAUACGAGUGAACUGUGUUUCUCCCUAUUUCAUUGCAAAUGUUGCUGCAAAAGAUUUCUUCAAGUUAGAAGAUGGUGGAUGCCCGAGUGUUUAUUCUAAUCUUGAAGGGAUGUAUCUGCAGGAGGAAGAUGUGGCUCAAGCUGCGCUAUAUUUGGCUAGUGAUGAAUCCAAGUACAUCAGUGGACAUAAUCUUGCAUUAGAUGGUGGCUUUACUUCUAUUAAUCCAAGUUUUGGUUUGUUUUCUAAAUCGAAGUAGGUUUGCUUGAGUUCAUCGAUCUGUUAGUUCUCUGUGAGAGCGGAACUGUGCUUCAAUUUGGCUAAUAAUAUAUUCUCUGAUGUUUCAGUUA